AUGGUCUCUCACACACGAACCCACAGCAAAGGCUCCUUCUCUAUCUUCUCCUUUGACUCAAUCCGCUCCUUUGGUCAUGCCGGCUCACGACAAGCUUCUCGCAUCCCCUCCAGUGCCGACUUGAAUGGCCGCAUAGAGUCCAGCCUUUCCUAUCGUUGUGAUCCCAAUGAUCAACCACCAGCAUCCUCUGAGGUUGAGCAGCCCAGGAAUAAUGAUGUCGUGGCACAGUCUUCGGACAGAAAAGAGGGUUCUGCUCAGGCCCAUAGCCUAUCAGGCAAAGGAGACAACGUUCAAGAGACUUCUGCAAUGCGGAGCAGACGGCGGUUUCGACCAUUAUCGUGGCUACCGUGGUCUCAGUCUUCAGUUGCAUCACAAUAUCCCCGUAGCCAGUCUGUCCACCUUCCCAAAGCUCCUAGCACAUCCACGGUUGCUCGAAGUUUCAUCUCUGCUCCAAUACUCACCAGCACUACCAAUGUGGAUGUUGCACGUACUGAGGGUGUCGUAUGUGGCGAGAUAUCUGACAUGGGUUCUGCCAGGACUAGGUGGGAUCCAGUGCUGGGAUGGGUUGCUAAUUCGCCAGAAGAACACAAUGAGCGCGUGCCUUCUUCGGAGAAACUAGAAAGAAAGACAACGGGACCGAACGUUGCUGACGCAUCAAAGUCACCAACCAAGAUGUCUAUGUUGCAAAAACGCCGCAUCAUCAAGCUAGGCAACAUCAUAAGGAAGAGGGUUAAAGGGGUGCCAGUGAGAUUCCGAUCUAGAAGAACUGCCUCCCGCGUGGUUCAUGCACACAAUGAAGACACAGAUGAGCACCCGGCUUGUGGGAGCCCUGACAAGCAUCUUCCAGUGGGAAUACUGAACCUGUACAAAGGAAAGAUGAGAGCACUUACUGAGAAUAAACACCUCAGGCGGAAAUCGUUGAACAGCAGCAAAGAGAUGGCCCAGGCACGACAGGACCCGCCUCUUCUCAGUGAUUUCGCUGAUGGAACAAUUCUUGAUACUGAGGCGGGUGUUGAACAAAGCGACUACGAGGAAUCUGCCUUUGGCUCGUUGACCAAGUCAUUUGCGAGCGCAGUCGACAAAUUAGAUUUCCAUUCACCUCUCCAACGCAAUCUUCCUUUUUUGAGAUCAAAGUCAUCUUUCUUUUCUCAAAAGAAGGCAUGUCACGGAGACAAGGCAGGGUUCCUCGACAGACAACGACACUUCCAAGCGAUGAUGGCACCGACACCAGUCCUCGAACCUGAGUAUCCUUGCAUCCGCUCAAUGGUCGCUGCGGUGCCAGAACCCGUCAAGAGAGCUGCAAAUGACCUUGCAAAGCAGGACAAUGUCCCAACCCCCGUGCUCUUCUCGACCGAGGCGAACAAGUACGUGGAUGCAAAACCUCCAGCCGGCUAUCCUCGAGGAGUGAAUCCUUUGGGAAUGCAUCCACCAGACACAUUUGCCAGCGCACCGUCAGGUGGACGUCCAGAGAUUUCUGCUAGUGUCGACGCUGCUGCUUCACCACCUCCACGGCAGACCCCAAAUCCCUCCACACAGAUUGAUGAUGAUGACGACCUGGCCUCUCUUCAGGAUGCCCCCAUCUAUUCACCCUCGUUGGGCGAUCUCAGUCAAUACGCGCGAGAUACACCUCCAUCCCACCGACGAAGCCAUCCAGAGACCUCUCCUCCAACUUACUUUGAGCCCACUCCUACCCGGGUUGGUAUGUUGCCCGCCAGAGAACCAUCGACCGAACGGCAAGGAAGGCUACUCAAGAAGAGCAGGAGCGGACUCUUUUCUAGAUCCAAGUCAAGCAAAACAAUUACUCGAAAGGAUAAGGAGAUGGCCAACCCUUUACAUCAACGAGAUGCCAAUCAGCAGUUGGCCGUGUACCAGGGACGGACAGUGAAGAAGAGCCGAAGCCUUCAAUUCGGUGGACUCUUCAGAAAGAACAGUCAGCCAAAGUCGGGGGUGCGGGUUCCAUCUGAAGUUCCAUUUCAGCCGACCACCCCUUCACCACUUCGAAAUGUCACUCGAGUCUCCCACGGGAGUGACACAAUCAAUAACAAAGUCGACAAUGGCCCGCCACGUAUGCAGUUCACAAGACAAUAGAAAUCAUAUGCAACAUUCAAAGUCGACAUCGUGGUCAAUCAAAAGCGGUACUGGGAGAAAGCUCUAGGUGAUUAGCGUUCGAAAUGGUCAGCUGGCAGUCUAUAUUAAUCAUGUCAGAGAGCGACGUGUGAAUCCAUGAAAGGAGGUCAGAGCAGGAAGA